AUGAAACUGAAAGAGAACCUAGAGUGUUUGAUAAAGGUAGGGUGAAGCCAACUUGCAGAAAGGAAAGAGUAGAGGUGUAACCAAACUGAUCACUCCUUUUCCGAAACCAUAUUUAUCUUGAAGAGAAAAUUAACUUUAUGUAGUAAUAGUCAUUGAUAUAGAUUGCAAGUUCUAUGAAGUUCUGUGAAGGCAUGAGUGUCUUAAUUGCUUGAUACUAGGAGAACCCGAGGUGGUCCCGAUACGUUUCAUUAGAAAGGGGUUGUAUCAUGAGAAUUCUACCCUACAAUCAUAGAAAAAAGUCUUGGGACAAGUUUGAUCUUCUAACACUUUUUUACACACACACGCAUCCCCCCCCCGAACACACACACACACACACACACACACACACACACACACACACACACACACACACACACACACACACACACACACACACACACACACACACACACACACACCAAACAAACAGUCGCUCGCGAAUGCACCUAGACUUGCUCAGCCCCUCCCACAUACCUACAAUGUGGGCCAUUCUAAACCAACGCAUGUUGGAAACGGUAGCAUUGCUUGUUCAAACUUCAGUUGUAAAAUAUUUACACUAGAAAUAGGUGGCUCGCAAACCCUCGAGGAAACUAAGUGUGCCACUCAAGUUAAACUUGCUUGACUUGGUUGGAGAUAUUUACUGAGCCUAGCUCGUGUUUCUGCAUCGCGGGAGUUAGGAACCUUGGCUACGCGAGGGCCUUCCAUUCUCUCUCCGCGGGGAGUAAUUCAUGACCUAACCUUAUCGUCCUAGGGAGUUUUGGAUACAAUUGUAGAAUUAAACUACUUACACUCGUUGAUCCAAAAAUGACCCCUCCUACCUCUAAACGUAAGCGUGCGGGAAGCGCAAGAAAUUGAAUUUGACUUAAUUCUGAUUGACCUGAAUGAUGGAUAAGUUGCAGUGUUAUUGGUCGUCUGUCGGUUAUUGGCUGUGAGGACUCUAAUUUCGAUCCAUCUUUUGUCACAGUUACAACGGUCGUUUUAUUGUUAGUCAAAUUUUCAGUUGUCCAUUCACUCUACUGAAGCCAGUCUUGCUUGAGUCCGUUGAUAAGUCGUUUUGAAGGUGCCGGUAACUUGUGACUACGAUUCAGUCGCGCUUGUUCCCAGUUGGUAAAUCAGCUUUUUAAAGUGAAUCGUUGAUAGCAGUCUGAGAAAUACGUAAGGCAGGUCGUAGAGUCAGUGUCGAUUUGGUGGUUCGUCUGUAACUGGUGUUCAACAAUGUCAUCAUAGCCAUAAACAUCAUGGCUUAACUGACAGAUGAACAACAACAUCACGACUUAAUUGACCAGCCAGAUCGAUAAACUACGUCUAUAACUAGAAAUACGUGUAUCGCAGAACUUCGAGAGGCUCAGGCUCAUAAAAUGACAGGGAUGGGAGGGCGGGAGAGAAUUGGUGAAAUGUGUAGCUGAGGAGGGCGGGAUUCAACACUGGCUCCAAUAUGACUAAUAUUGGAAGGUGAGAUUUACUUAAUCUCCUUUUGGUUGGAGUAAAUUUGGACCCAGUUCUUUGGCUAAAAGGAUCUUCUUUGAUUUAAAUGGGAUUGCUGUUGUCGAGGAAAGGUAGCCAAUGUUGCAUUAGUCCCGUGUUCACCCCAUUUGACCCUUUUACAUGUGUAGUUAUAGUAAAAGGAAAUGGGUGAUAGUGAAUAACUGCAGGCUAAUAUUCAGUUGCAUUUGCUUAAUAUUUGGGUUAGAUGCCAUCUCUAAUAAUAAGUGUAAUUAUAAUUCACUAUUUGUGAAGUGUGUCAGUAGUAGUGAGUGGAUGAAAUGGUAGGAGAUUAUGCUGCUGUGAAAACAACAAGUAAAUGCUGGUAAUUGAAGGAAAAAUAUAUUAUAUUGUUAAGUGAACUACGGCAAUGAGAGUGUUUGCACUUGUUUUAGCUCAUAAUCACACUUGACAACUAAUUGUUUUGUGAGUAACAGGAAGGUGUAAACAUAAUCACUGAAAUAGAAAUUACAUGUAGCAAUGUCUUAAGGGUGCAGUUCAUGAGAAUUAUGAAAGUGAUCAUGACUAUUGAACGCAAGAGUGAAUUAUGAAAUGUCCACGUACAAGUCAUGUUGAAGGUGAUCAGUUUCUCAAUUGCCAACAUUCAUGAGCUUGUUGAGACAUGGUUGCCAGAGGCAUAGGUUUUGAAAUUCCUAAACUGAUCAUGACAGCCACAUGUACACUUUCCUGACCAAAUGAAUUGACAAUUUGUGCAGACAAUGGCUUCUAAACUCCGGUCGAAACCUCGUGUACUGGACACAAAUGACGUAAAACAAAACGCUUCUUUGUUGUCUGUUCAGGGAAAAAUCUGCUUGGUAUUGUUUCAUGGUUUUUGUUCUUUUGUUUUACGUCAUCUAUGUCGGGUACACGAAGUAAAUGACCAAACUCCCAUCAACCAACCGGCCAUCCUCUCCACCCAUUUAUUACAUGAAUUUAUCGUGAAUGUAAAGUGUAGAAUGGAUAGAUCUUAUAGGAAACCCUAUAUCUGCUUGUCGUUUAAUUUCAUGAAACAAUAUUCUGCCAAUGGAACAUGUUUAACUUCUGUGAGUAUGUCUCGUCCCUCUGACUUCUUUGAAAGAGUUAAAUUUUCCCUGACUCAUAUUGUCAUAUAUGUCGCACACUAAUAUUCUGAGGAGAUCGGAAAUACACAUGUUAUUUUGAUUUCUCAAUCUCACAAGCUCAUUUAAGUUUUACAUCCCCUUAUGACUACCACUCACUACAGUGUGUACUCACCCCACCCCUCCCCAUCGAACGCACUCCCCAAAUUGGCAAUUAUUACUAGUAUAAACCUAUUGCUUUUUUUGCUCUUCUCGUUGCCGUCGCCGUCUCCGUCGUCGUUGCUCAAGCUCCCUAUUGUUGUGAUCUGGUAAUUUUGCUACCAUAGUAACGUGACGUCACACGUCUCCUCUCUAUUUUAAGUAAUUUUAAGGUCAUCUUUCCUGAACAGCCAAUAGGAACUGUGCUGAGCUAUACAAAGCUGGCAAAACAAUCAGCGGUGUGUACACAAUCGACCCUGAUGGUGAAGGUGCCUUUGAUGUGUUCUGUGAUCAAAAAACAACCCGGGGGGUGGACAGUGUUUCAGAAGAGACUGGACGGCUCGGUUUAUUUCUACCGCUCCUGGGAUGACUACAAAAAUGGGUUCGGUGACCUGAAUGGCGAGUUCUGGCUUGGAUUGGACAAGAUUUACCGCCUGACGGAAAAGAAACACAACCGCCUUCGAGUUGAUCUGGAGGACUUUACAUUCAGCACUGCUUACGCUGAAUAUGACAUAUUUGAAGUUACAAACGAAACGACUAAAUACAAGCUCAGUCUAGGAAUGUACUCAGGUAUGGUGCUUGGAAUGUAUUUAAUUUUGAUGUUUAGUAUUUUGUCUUCGUGUCUUAAUUAUUCGUUCAAAGCUUGUUUGUUGGCGGUUUCUUGACUUCUUGCAAACUUGAAAACUCUAGGAAGUUUCAAAAGGAGCUCAGUUACUUUUCCAAACGUAGCUCCCCUCUUGUACUUCAAUACUAGAUUACAUUCAGGUAUUCUACUCCAAACAUUCCUGGUAAAAUGUCCUUGUAUGACUGCAGGAACUGCUGGUGACUCAUUAUCGGAGCAUCGUGGCCAUCCGUUUACCACUAAAGACCGAGAUCAUGAUGAAAAUGCCAAAUUCAACUGCGCUGCGUACUUCAAAGGAGCCUGGUGGUACACUAAUUGCCAUGCUUCAAACCUGAAUGGUUUGUACUACAACGGUUCACAUGCACAUAAAGGUCAAGGUAUCAUCUGGCAUACAUGGAAAGGAAAUCAAUACUCUGUCAAGAGAGCUGAGAUGAAAAUCAGACCGGCCAACUUUUAG